AUGGCCAGCGGGGGCCCGGCCGCUGAGGCCGAGCAGGAGCAGCAGGAGCAGGAGGAAAGUGUGAAGAAGUUGAUAGUCCGCCUGAAAAACGUCCAGGAAGGGAAACAGAUCGACACGCUCGUCCAGAUCCUGGAGGAUCUGCUCGUCUUCACCUACAAGGACGGAGCUUCCAAGUUAUUUCAAGGCAAAAACGUCCACGUGCCCUUGUUGCUGGUUCUGGACUCCUACAUGCGAGUCGCAAGUGUGCAACAGGUGGGCUGGUCACUUCUCUGUAAACUAAUAGAAAUAUGUCCAGCCACAAUGCAGAGCCUAUCCCCGCAGGGCGUUGGGAACGAUUGGGAAGUUCUUGCUGUUCAUCAGUUGAUUCUCAAAAUGCUCACUCUUCAUAAUGCCAACAUAAACCUUUCAGUAAUUGGUCUGAAGGCAUUAGAUCUUCUUCUGACUUCAGAUGUGAUGACUCUGUUGGUUUUGGACGAAGAGAGUGAUGUAUUUUUGUUAAUUUUUGAUGCUAUGCAUACCUUCCCAUCUAAUGAAGAAGUUCAAAGAUUUGGAUGUAAAGCUUUACAUGUGCUUUUUGAAAGAGUUCCAGAAGAGCAACUGACUGAAUUUUUUGAGAGCAAAGAUCAUAUGAUUGUGUUAGAUGCAUUAAAACAAUUUAAAAAUAAAGAGGAAGUGGUGUUUCAUGCACUUCACUGCUUACACUCAUUGGCAGUUCCAUGCAGUAAUGUUGAAGUCCUCAUGAGUGGAAAUGUUAGGUGUUACAACAUCGUAGUAGAAGCCAUGAAAACAUUUCCCUGCAGUGAACAAAUUCAAGAAGUGAGUUGUCGUUUGUUACACAAGCUUACAUUGGGAAAUUUCUUUAAUAUCCUGGUUUUAAAUGAGGUGCAUGAAGUCAUCGUGAAGGCUGUUAAGCUGUAUUCGGAUAAUGCCAAUUUACAGAUUGCAGCUCUUAGCUGCCUGGCUCUCCUCACCGAAACCAUUGUUUUAAACCGAGACUUGGAGGAAAGCAAGGAGGCGGAGGAAGAAGAGGAAGUAAAUUUAUGCUGGUUGGGAGCAUGUUACAAAGCACUGACUGGACAUAGGAAGAACACACUCGUGCAGGAAGCUGCGUGCUGGGCCCUGAAUAAUCUACUUAUGUACCAAAGCAAUUUACAUGAGAAGAUUGGAGAUGAAGAUGGCCAGUACCCGGCACACAGAGAAGUGAUGCUCUCCAUGCUGAUGCAUUCUUCGUCAAAAGAAGUAUUUCAGGCAGCGGCUAAUGCUCUAUCGACUUUAUUAGAGCAAAACGGCAAUAUCAGAAGGAUUUUAUUGUCCAAAGGAAUAUACUGGAACGUGUUAGAAUUAAUGAAGAAACACUUACAAUCCCCUGAAGUGGCUGAAAGCGGCUGUAAAAUGUUAAAUCAUCUUUUUGAAGGAAGCGAGCCUCACCUCGAUGUAGUAGCAGCAGUGGCACCCAGAAUAAUAAGAGUUAUGAAAAAUCAUGAAAAGUCAUUAACUGUACAGCUGGAGGCACUUCGAGCCAUUUUACAUUUUAUCAUCCCUGGAGAAGAAGCAUCUGACAAAGAUACUGAAUUUGAUGUUACUCUGAAAGUGAUUAAAAAUCAGUGCUUACUGAAUGGGAUUCAUAAACUAGUCCUUGAUGCUUUGAAUAGGUUCAUUGGGAAUCCCGGGAUUCAGAAAUGUGGAUUAAAAGUAAUUUUUUCUGUUGCUGAAUGUUCUGGUGCUUUAGAAAUGUUAGCACAGCAGGGAGCUGCCGACACAGUACUUCAUUCUCUACAGAUGUUUCCGGAUGACCAAGAAAUUCAAUGCCUGGGUUUAAAUCUUCUAGGAUUUUUGAUAACAAAAAAGAAUUUAUGUAUAGCAACUAUGCACCUCCUGGCGAAGGUUCUGGUUUCCAGUGUACGGCGUUUUAAAGAUGUUGUUGAAGUCCAGAUACAUGGAUUUCACACAACCUUGGCAAUACUUGAACUGUCAUUUUGUUUUGCAAAGCUGCUGUUACAUCAUUCCUAUGACUCAUUCAUUUUCUAUCAGAUGUCAAUGUGUUUCACAGAACAAAGAGAUCAGCAGUUUCAAAGCCUGUGCUGUAGAUGUUUUGCCAAAAUAACCAGCGAUGAAGAUAUUAAAAACAUGAUGCUGCAGAAAGCAUGUGAUGAGAACAACUGUAUUAUGGCUGAAUGCCUGCUUCUGUUGGGAGCUGAUGUUAAUAAAAUGACUAAGCAAAGUUCUUUAAUUUGCCAGGUUUGUGAAAAGGAAAGUAAUCCCAAAUUGGUGGAAUUGCUCCUAAAUAGUGGCUCCCGAGAACAAGAUAUUCGCAUGGCAUUGACAAUCAGUAUCAAGAAAGGAGAUAGCCAAAUCAUCAGUUUACUCCUAAGGAAGCUUGGAUUGGAUGUAGCCAAUAGCAGUAUAUGUCUUGGAGGAUUUUGUAUGGGAAAAAUUGAGCCAUUAUGGCUCAGUCCCUUGUUUCCAGAUAAGGCAUCUAGUUUAAGAAAGCAGACAAGUGAAAGUUCUGCACUAGCAAGAAUGGUCCUCAGGUAUCAAAUGAAAAGCAUUUCAGAGCACGGAAGAACUACAGGCAGUGAUGGGAACUCUGAAGAUACACUAGAUAAAAUUGAUGAUUGGACUUUCAUACCUGAAUCUUCAGUAGACUGUGUUUUUGGGCAGAGUGACGAUCUAGAUAGUGACGGAAGUGAGAGUUCAUUCGUUGUGAAAAAGAAAUCAAAUUCCUUAAGUGUGGGAGACCUUUACAGAGAUCCUGCCCUCCAAAAGUGCUCUCCGACUUUGCAGAGGCAUUCCAGUUCCGUGGGACCCAGUUUUGAUCAAGAAUUACUGAAGCAAAGAAGAAAAUUGUUUUCAUCAGAUGAUUCUCCAAGGUCAUCAGUACUUCAGCCCCACUUGAGAGGGUCGGAGAGUUUUUCUAACCUAGCUUUAGAGAAAGAGUAUAUUAAGUCACUAGACCUCUCAGCAAAUGAACUGGAGGAUUUAGGCACCAUAAGUCAGAAGUGCUGCUUAAGUGUUCACUUGGAACAUCUUGAAAAAUUGGAACUUCAGCAGAAUGUACUCACAACUGUUCCGGAACAAUUAUGUGAGACUUUGAAGUGUUUGACAUAUUUGGACUUGCACAGUAACAAAUUCACAGCAUUUCCUUCCUAUUUGCUGAAAAUGAACUGCAUUGCAAACCUUGACAUCUCUCGCAAUGACAUCGGUCCUUCUCUAGCUUUGGACCCGAAUAUGAAGUGCCCGACUAUGAAGCAACUUAACCUUUCGUACAAUCAACUAUCUUGUAUUCCGGAAUUUUUUGCUAAUGUUGUGGAAAAACUGGAACAGCUCAUAUUAGAAGGGAACAAAAUAUCGGGAAUAUGCUCACCCUUGGGCUUGAAAGAGUUAAAGGUUUUAAACCUUAGUAAAAACAAUAUUUGUUCCUUUUCUGAGAAUUUUCUUGAAGCAUGCACUAAAAUUGAGGUCUUCAGUGCCCGGAUGAAUUUGCUUGUUGCUGUGCCUUGCUUGCCCUCCAGCAUAACAAGUUUAAAAUUGUCACAAAACAAAUUUACAUGCAUUCCAGAAGCAAUUCUCAGCCUUCCACAUUUGCGUUCAUUAGAUUUGAGCAGCAAUGAAAUACUUAAUCUACCUGGACCUGUACACUGGAAAUCCUUAAACCUAAGAGAGCUCUUGCUUAAUUACAAUCAAAUCAGCAUCUUAGAUUUGAGUGAAAAAGCAUCUGCAUGGUCAAGACUGGAGAAAUUGCACCUCUCCCAUAAUAAAUUGAAGGAGAUUCCCCCUGAGAUUGGCUUCCUUGAAAAUUUAGCAUCUCUUGAUGUAAGUUACAAUUUGGACUUAAGGUCUUUUCCCAAUGAAAUGGGGAAACUGUCCAAAAUCUGGGACCUUCCUUUGGAUGAACUGCGCCUUAAUUUUGACUUUAAACAUAUAGGAUGCAAGGCAAAAGACAUUAUAAGGUUUCUUCAACAGCGGUUAAAGAAGGCCGUACCCUACAGUCGAAUGAAACUUAUGAUUGUGGGAAAUACCGGAAGUGGCAAAACGACGUUAUUACAACAGCUAAUGAAAAGCAAGCGAUCGGACCCAGGCGUUCAAAAUGCUACAGUCGGCAUAGACGUAAAGGAUUGGUCUAUCCAGAUCAGAGGAAAAGGGAAGAGAGAUCUGGUUCUCAAUGUCUGGGAUUUUGCAGGACAAGAGGAGUUCUACAGCACUCAUCCUCACUUUAUGACUCAGAGAGCCUUGUAUCUUGCUGUUUAUGAUCUCAGCAAAGGAGAAGCAGAAGUGGAUGCUAUGAAGCCAUGGCUCUUCAAUAUAAAGGCCCGGGCUUCUUCCUCACCUGUGAUUCUUGUUGGCACUCAUUUGGAUGUGUCUGAUGAGAAACAACGGAAGGCCUGCAUAAGCAAAAUUACCAAAGAGCUUUUGAACAAGAGAGGAUUCCCUGCAGUUCGGGAUUAUCACUUUGUGAAUGCUACAGAGGAAUCAGAUGCUUUGAUAAAACUCCGGAAAACUAUCAUAAAGGAGAGCCUGAACUUCAAGAUCAGAGAUCAGCCUGUAGUUGGUCAGCUAAUUCCAGACAGCUAUCUGGAACUUGAAAAGAUAAUUUUAUUGCAACGUCAAAAUGUCCCAACUGAAUUUCCCGUGAUUGACAAGAAAGAAUUAUUAGGAUUAGUCCAGGCAAGCCAGCUGCAGUUGGAUGAAAAUGAACUUCCUCAUGCAGUUCACUUCCUCAAUGAAUCAGGUGUGUUACUACAUUUUCAGGAUCCAGCAUUGCAGUUAAGCGAUCUGUAUUUCGUGGAACCUAGAUGGCUAUGCAAAAUCAUGGCACAGAUUUUGACAGUGAAAGUGGAAGGCUUCUCUAAAUAUCCCAAGGGAAUUAUUCAGCGUUCAGAUGUGGAAAAGUUCCUUUCAAAGAAGAGCAGAUUUCCCAAGAACUACAUGUCACAGUAUUUUAAACUCUUGGAAAAGUUCCAAAUUGCCUUGCCAAUAGGAGAAGAACAUCUACUUGUUCCAAGCAGCUUAUCUGAUCAUAGACCUGUGAUAGAGCUUCCUCACUGUGAAAAUUCUGAAAUCAUUGUUAGACUGUAUGAAAUGCCAUAUUUUCCAAUGGGAUUUUGGUCCAGACUGAUCAAUAGGUUACUCGAAAUUUCUCCUUAUAUGCUUUCAGGACGAGAACGAGUUCUUCGUCCAAAUAGAAUGUAUUGGAGACAGGGUAUUUACUUAAAUUGGUCUCCUGAAGCCUACUGUCUGGUGGAGUCUGCAAUAUUAGACAACAGCCCAGAAAGUUUCUUGAAAAUUACUGCUCCUUCUUGCAGAAAAGGUUGUAUUCUUUUGGGACAAGUUGUGGAUCACAUUGAUUCACUCAUGGAAGAAUGGUUUCCAGGUUUACUAGAGAUAGAUGUCUGUGGUGAAGGAGAAACACUCCUGAAGAAAUGGGCUUUGUAUAGUUUUAACGAUGGUGAAGAACAUCAAAAAAUAUUACUUGAUGAUCUGAUGAAGAAAGCUGAAGAAGGGGACCUCUUAGUAAAUCCAGAUCAACCAAGAUUCACCAUUCCAAUAGCCCAGAUUGCUCCUGAUUUAAUUUUGGCUGACUUGCCUAGAAACAUCAUGUUAAACAAUGAUGAGCUGGAGUUUGACCAGGCACCCGAAUUUCUUCUGGGAGAUGGUGGCUUUGGCUCAGUUUACCGUGCGUCCUAUGGAGGCGAAGAAGUGGCUGUAAAGAUUUUUAACAAGCACACAUCCCUCAGAUUGUUAAGACAAGAACUAGUGGUACUUUGCCACCUUCAUCACCCUAGCUUAAUAUCUCUGCUGGCUGCUGGGAUUCGUCCUCGAAUGUUGGUAAUGGAAUUAGCGUCCAAAGGGUCACUGGAUCGAUUGCUUCAACAAGACAAAUCGAGCUUAACGAGAACACUCCAGCACAGGAUAGCCUUGCAUGUUGCUGAUGGCUUAAGAUAUCUCCACUCUGCAAUGAUUAUAUACCGUGACCUGAAGCCUCACAAUGUCCUACUCUUUACCCUUUACCCAAAUGCUGCAGUCAUUGCCAAGAUUGCCGAUUAUGGCAUUGCUCAGUACUGCUGUAGAAUGGGGAUAAAAACAUCGGAAGGAACACCAGGAUUUCGGGCGCCAGAAGUGUCCAGAGGAAAUGUAAUUUACAACCAACAGGCCGAUGUUUAUUCAUUUGGUUUAUUACUUUAUGACAUUUUGACAGCAGGAGGUAGAAUAGUGGAAGGCUUGAAAUUUCCAAAUGAAUUUGAUGAGAUUGCCCUGCAGGGAAGAUUACCUGACCCAGUCAAAGAGUAUGGUUGUGCUCCAUGGCCUGAAGUUGAAAAAUUAAUUAAAAAGUGUUUGAAAGAAAAUCCUCAGGAGAGACCAACGUCUGCCCAGAUGUAUGAAAUUUUGAACUCAGCGGAAUUAAUCUGUCUGAUGAGAAACAUUACAAUACCCACGACCUUUGUUGCAGAAUGCAUGAUUGCUUCCAAUCAAAGCUGCCAUAAAGCUGGAGUCUGGCUAGGUAGUGGGAACACUGAUGUAGCACAGUUAUCCUUUCUCGACGUAAACACUGAAAGUCACACCUGUGAGGAUAUCGCUGAUGGUAGAAUAUUAUGCCUUGCCCGGGUGUACCUUCCUAUGGAAAAGGAAAGUUGGAUUGUGGCAGGAACGCAGAUUGGCACUAUUUUGGCAAUUAACGCUGAAGAUGGAAAAAGGAGACACAUGCUUCAGAGGAUGACAGACUCUGUUACUUGCUUAUACUGCAGUUCUUUUUCCAAGCAAAGCAAACAGACACAUUUUGUUCUGGUGGGGACAGCUGAUGGCAAGCUAGCCAUUUUUGAGGACAAAAGUAUUAAGUGCAAAGGUGCAGCUCCUCUGAAGAUACUCAGUAUAGGAAAUGUCAGCACUCCACUGAUGUGUUUAAGUGAAUCCAAUAGCUCGUCGGAAAAGAAUGCAAUCUGGGGAGGAUGUGGCACAAAUAUUGUCUCACUUUCCAGCGAUUUUUCUGUUCAGAAACUUAUUGAGACGAAGACUAGUCAGUCAUUGUCUCACGCUGCAUUCAGUGAUGCAAACAUCAUUUCAAUUGUGGUUGACAAAGCUGUUUAUGUGGCUAAGAAAAAUAGCCAUUUUGUGGAAGUUUGGGACAAAAAGACCGAAAAACGUUGUGAACUAAUAGACUGUGUACACUUUCUAAAAGAGGAAAUGGAUUCACUAAAUAAGGAAUCAAAACAGAAAAUGGCCUAUUCUGGAAGAGUGAAAACACUCUGUCUUCAGAAAAACACAGCUCUCUGGAUAGGUACUGGAGGUGGCCACAUCUUGCUUCUUGAUCUCUCAACACGCCGCACCAUCCGAAUCAUUCACAACUUCUGUGAUUCUGUCCGAUUCAUGAUGACAGCCCAGUUAGGGAGCCUAAAAAAUGUUAUGCUGGUUUUGGGUUACUUCCAUAAAAGAAAUAAAGAUCCUCAUCAUCAAAAGGAAGUGCAAUCGUGCUUGUCUGUGUGGGAUAUUAACCUACCACAUGAGGUGCAAAACCUGGAGAAACACAUUGAAGUGAGAAAAGAAUUAGCUGAAAAAAUGAGGAGUGUUUCUUUGGAAUAAUAGUACCCUUGAAAUGAUGUGUCUUCUGCUAAGAGACUUUUUAAAAAAAUUUUGCUAUGUCCCCUUACUGGGUUUCAUAUUUUUUUUAAUGUAAAAGAAAAA